CUUAAACCUUUGGAGUUCCGUGUUUGAGUUUACCUGCAAGCGCAGCAUGAGGCUGUUGCCACCAACUUUUAUUUCAACAAAAAAGGGAAAUCAGGUUAGACUGCGAUACCGAAGCACGGGGUUUAUAACAUCUGAAAUGGGCGUUUCCUCAGCACACGGGGGUCUUCAUCCUUACUGGCCGCGCGACCUUCUGAUUCCUAACUAUGUGGCCAAUGACCGCUCCAUGUCCGAGAUUCUGGCUUUCCUUUUCUCGGUGUCGGGGGUGUUUCUGCUCGUCACCUGGCUGAUCACCGGGGCCACGGGCAGGCUCGGAACUUGGAGGCGACUGGCUAUCUGCUGGUUUGCUGUGUGUGGUUUCAUCCAUGGUGUAAUUGAGGGCUGGUUCUCCCUUUAUUACGACAUUCUACCUGCAGACCAGAGCUUCUUGUCACAGCUGUGGAAAGAGUAUUCAAAAGGAGACAGCAGAUAUGUAAUAGCUGAUAACUUCACUGUCUGCAUGGAGACUGUGACUGCUUGUUUGUGGGGUCCGUUCAGCUUUUGGGCUGUAUACUCUUUUCUAACAAAUAAGCCGUACAGAUUUAUUCUGCAGCUCAUCAUUUCAUUAGGUCAGCUGUAUGGGGCCGUACUUUAUUUCUUCACAGAACACAGAGACGGCUACGCCCACAGCGAGUUGGGACAUCCAAUCUACUUCUGGUUCUACUUUGUGUUCAUGAAUUUUCUGUGGAUUGUCAUACCGCUAAUACUUAUUGUGGAUGCAUGGAGACAGCUAUCUGCUGCUCAGAUACACACAGAUGGCAUCAAGAGCCACAAAAGUAAAAAGAAGUGAUCUAUGUCAUUCUGAGGAGACAAUGACUGAAGGACACCGUCUGAAGACCUCGAUUCUUAAUUGUCUUUAUGUCAUUAAUCAGAAGACCUUUCUCGUGAAGGUUUAAGCAAAAAUACAACAAUGGUUGCAAAACUGAAAACAUAACGUUUUGUACUUUUUUAUAAAUCAGUUUUAUGAUAAUAAAAUAAAAGUGAUCUACAAUUUA